AUGUCGGAAGGAAACUCAAAAAAUAAGAGCUCAUCUAAUAGAACUGAUAAAAAGGAACUCAUAGAUGUAAGUCAUAAACCAAACUAAAGAAUCGAUUAAUAUGAUUUAUUAACUGUUGGGACAUAGAAUUCUUCUAGGGGUAUUGAUAAGCAAGAAGUCAGCAGCAAAAGACAUUAAGAUAGCAGACAUCAUAGGUCUGAAAGUGAUGACAGCAAGGGUAAAAGUCGACACAAAUCUUCAUCAGUAAAAAAAGAUAAAAAAUCUAAGAAAUCUAGAAGUAGAAGUAAAGACAGAAAUGGACACAGAAACAGAGAUAGAGAUAGAAGAGAUAGGAGUCGCAGAAGAAGCAAUGAAAGCUAUAGUCGAUCAAGAAGUUCUAGUUAUGAUGACUACCGCAAUCAUAAAAAAUCGAAGAAAGACAAAAAGAGUAAAAAGGAUAAGAAAAAAUCUAGAAAGUCUCUUGAAAAAGAAGAAUAAAGGUAAAUGAAAGCAAGACUUGCAAAGGCGAGACUACUCGCAUCUAUCGCUGCUUCAAAUCUAGAAGAAAAUAGUCGAAGAAAUAUCGAUGAUGAUUUAGACAUGCCUGAAAUAGAAACUGACUUUGUUGAAAUCAAUCCAUAAAAUUAAACUGAAAAUUAAGGUUUAAGCCUUGAUCUGACUAAUCAUUAGUAGUCUCAGGAUGUUUCAAAGUAAUCAGAAAUCAAAGAUCAAAAUACCACCAGCAUUAAAACUGAUGAAGUCAAUACUAUUUCAGAGUAGGUUAAUCCAGAAGUAGAUGGAUAAGAAUCUAAGAUUGAUGAUCAAAAUAAGUAAGAUAAUUCCAAACCAAUUCUUUAGAAUCUAGAAAAAGAAAUCAAAAUUAUCAAUAAAAGUGAGUAUUUAAUCCCAAAUAAAUAGCAGCAGCCACACUAAAAGGGAAAGUUUUAAGUAAUAUUUGAAGGUAUUAAAAAUGGAAAUGGCCAUGGAAAUCAUAAUAACCUUAUUGUUGAAGAUGAGGAAGAAGAAGGUUAAAUUGUCGAGGAUUAAAAGAAAAAUCUCUUUAACAUAGGCAUUUAAAAGGAAAGCAAACUUUAAAAAUCAAGUAGUAUAUUUGAAAAGAAUGAUGAUAAGCCCACUAUCUUUAAAGCAGGAGCAUUAGUAAAUCAUAGAUUCACAGCUGCACCUGCUUAAUAAUAGGAAGAAGAAGAUGAUCCAUUUGAUGCUUAUAUGAAAUAAAUAGAAAAAGAUGCUGUAGCACAAUAAAAUAUUAGACAUCCAAAUGAGCCCGAAUAUGAAGAGGAAGAUUUCGGAUACGAUGAUAAUAUGGAAGACGAGGAAGAGGAAGUUUAAGAAGAGGAAAAUAAGCCAAAAAAUAUAGUAACUAUGGAUGAUAUCAUGAAUUAUGAUGAUGGAAAUUCUGUUUAAGAAACUUAAGAGGACAAUGAUGAAUUUUACUCGCAAUUCAUGAGAGAACUUAAAAGGAAAGACCUCAUGGAAAAGUUAAAGCAAGAAAGCAACUAAGUUAUUUUCAAUGAUGAAGACGAUAAAUAUAUUAUGGAUUUUGAAAAGGUUGAGGAAGAAGCAGAGUCUUAUCUUGAGAAAGAAAAAAGAAAGGCUGAAAGAAAAGAUUUGAAAGCAGUCGAUCAUGAAUAGGAAGAAUAUGAUAAGCUAACUAAGAACCUUUACAUUGAAACAAAAGAGAUUGCAAAUAUGACUGAUAAAGAAAUCUAAGAGUUCAGAAAAUUAAAUGGAGACAUCAAAGUAAGAGGCUUAAAAUGUCCAAAGCCUAUUAAUAACUGGUAUCAAUGUGGACUUCCUGAUAAAGUUAUUGAAGUUAUUGAGAAGAAAUAAUUUUAAAAGCCAUUUCCUAUCUAAUGCUAAGCUAUUCCUGCUAUCAUGAGUGGAAGAGAUGUUAUUGGUAUUGCUGAAACUGGAAGUGGCAAAACAUUGGCUUAUGUUUUACCUAUGAUUAGGCACAUUAGAGAUUAAAAGCCAAUUUAAGAAGGUGAAGGAAUGAUCGGUCUUGUAAUGGCUCCAACAAGAGAAUUAGCUUUCUAAAUAUAUAAAGAAUCGAAAUCUUUCGCAAAGGCUUGCGGUCUAAGAGUUGUUUGUGUUUAUGGUGGAGCUAAUGUUGCUGGCUAACUUUCAGAACUAAAGAGAGGAGCAGAAGUAGUCGUUUGUACUCCAGGGAGAAUGAUUGAUGUAUUAACUACCUCUAAUGGAAAGAUUACAAACCUUAAAAGAUGUAGCUAUAUAGUCCUUGAUGAAGCUGACAGAAUGCUUGAUAUGGGAUUUGAGCCAUAAAUUUCCAGAGUCAUGUAAAAUGCUAGGCCAGAUAAACAAUGUGUAAUGUUUUCUGCUACUUUUCCAAGAUAAAUAGAAAGCUUGGCUAAGAAAUGUCUAGUUUCACCAGUUGAAAUUGUUGUUGGAAACAGAGGUUAAACUUGUGCAAACGUUGAGUAGUUUGUAGAAGUGCUCAAUCCUGAGGAUAAAUUUUGGAAGCUAAUGGAACUUCUAGGGGAAUGGUAUGAGAAGGGUAGUAUCCUUAUUUUUGUUGACAAAUAAAUUGAGGCUGAUGAGCUGUUUAAAGAACUUUAUAAAGUUGGUUAUAAGGCUUUAGUUCUUCAUGGAGGGUAAGAUCAAACUGAUAGAGAAUUUACUAUCUAGGAUUUUAAAGAUAGAGUGAGAAAUAUUAUGGUAGCUACUAGUGUUUGUGCUAGAGGCUUAGAUAUUAAGCAUCUUCGUCUUGUAAUUAAUUACAUUUGCCCUAAUCAUACAGAGGAUUACGUUCACAGAGUGGGACGUACUGGUAGAGCUGGAAAUAAAGGUACUGCUUAUACUUUUAUUACUUAAGAUGAAUGCCAAUAUGCCUCUGAUUUGAUAAGAGCUCUUGAAAAUUCUGGUAAUAUAGUGCCAGAUAAUUUGAAAAAACUAGAAGAACUAUAUUAACAAAGAGUUCAAGAAGGUGAUAUUGAAAAGAAGAAAGCCAACUAAGGUUAUGUAGGCAAAGGCUUUGAAUUUAAUGAAAAAGAGAGAAACAAAGUUAAAGAUUUCAGGAAAGAACUCUCUAAAGCUUAUGGAGGUGGUGGCGAUGAUGAUGGAGAAGAAGCCGGCGAAGAAAUUGUGAAAAAUAAUAGUACAAAAGAGGACGAAAGAUAAAAAUAAGAGGAAUAGCAUUUGCACUACUUAUUAGAGAGAGAUCCCAAUGCCCGUAAAGCAGCUAUUGAAGCAGGAAACUAAGCAAGUAAAAAUGCUAUUAAAUAAGGAUUAUCUCAUGAUGAAGCAACCAAAGUAGCUAAAGAAGCCAUGUUAUAUGUGUUGAGUUAGUAUAGACCUACCACUGUAACAAUGGAAAAAGGACUAGAAAGUGCUUUGAGUAUUAGAGACUAAUUCGUUGAGAAAGAAAACGAAAAGAAUAAUAUAUUCACAGCUGAGUUAGAAAUUAAUGACUAUCCUUAGUAAGCCAGAACUAAAGCAUAAAGCAAAGACUUCUAGUAAUAAAUUUUUGAAAUGACUGGAUGCAAAAUUCUCAUCAAGGGUCAAUUCUUUGAAUUUGGUAGAAAGCCUCCUACAGGCUAGAGAAAACUACAUCUUUAUAUAGAGGGAUCAAGCAAAUAGGAAGUUGCAAAUGCAUAUAAGGAAGUAAAAAGGUUCAUAGAAGAAUCCUCAAUCAACCACUCACAAGUUAAUUAGCAAAAUUUACAGUUUUCUGGCCAGUUUGCUAAAUAUUGA